ACAACAGAACUGCUCGCUUAUUUCAUUCUUGGUCCGACUGUUACCAUUUCGUGAGAUACGUCGGUAUGCUUCAUAAUGUUACCCUGUAAAUUAUUGUUCCUUGUAUUCAGAUAAUGCUUCAAUUACAGCCUACAAGCCCCGACGAGAACCCAGCCAGUCGUAUGAUCUAUACGCCUACAAGGAUCUUCUACUGAAGACGAUUCCGGUGAAUUAGAGGAACCUAAGGACACGCCUGACAAACCCACCACCACCCAGGUCACCGAGAAGUUCUCCAGUCUUCCGUCCGAUCCACAGGCAGAGCAUCUCUCCGAGACUUUGCGCUACUUGCUGUCCCCCUCUCCUCUUCCUUCUGUGCUUCUGGUUAAACCUGCUGUGAAAACCUACAGCGAGACUGUUGCCACAAAACGAGCAGGGGACAAGGAAGGAGACUGUCGUCAAACAGUCUCCGACACGUGUCUGUUAAGUCUUGUGGAGCACCAUUCUCCCUCCUGGCCGGCCAAAUCGUCUGUUAGAGCCUCAUUCCAUCAGGCCUCAUCCGCCUGGUUAAAUUCUAGCUGGGUUGGCAGCCAGUGCACAACCAUGUCACUGGUGGCCGUGACCCUGUCUACCAUUAAGUCCGUUGAGACUUGGGAGCAGGAUGAACUAGACUUCAUCCUGUUCAGUGGUGACGGGAAUCACGGCUCCAUCUUAGCCGACCUGGGCCGCAUCGCUGACCCCAACCAGCGUGUAGGUGUUUAUGAAUUAAUUGGGCGUAGGGUCACCCUCAGCCUCGGCAGCCGCCAUUUUAUAAUGGAGGGCUGUGCGGAGACUGAUGGGUUGGGGGUGGUUUCUGCCAUUGACCCUCAGGCAGGGCCUAUGGGAGAGUUUGGAAUGGUCUCCUUUAGCGAGGCUUUACAGACAGCCCUGCUCACCACCGAUGGGGCUGUUCUCACUGUGGGAGAUUACAGCACUGCCAUUAUCCCGGACCCAGAAGGAGGUCUGAGAGUGUGGGAUAGCCACAGCCGUGGUCCCGGAGGGAUGUUUCACCCGGAUGGGAGGGCUGUCCUCACCCAGGUAGAGAACCUCCUUGAUCUGGAAGAACUCAUUCGGCUGCAGUUAAUACAGCGAGGGUGCCCAGCCGAACAGUUCGAGGUGUUGGGUUUUCGGCGGGUCCUAGGAGGCACAUGAAUGCCAGCUGAGUUCCAUCCAGCUUUCCUCAUCCCCGAUUGGCACCCUCCAGUAAUCAGCCUGUAAUAACACCGCAGGCUGAUUGUAGAGCGUUAAGGAGGCCAGUGUGUUAGCUUCACCUGUGAAACUGAUAUUCCUCAUUGGCUCCUGCAGGAAUCAGUCUGUAAUUUCACUGCAGACUGAUUGUAUAGCUAUCAGGAGGCUCAUCGAGUUAGCUUUAUCUGUGACACUUGUACCUCAUUGGCCCUUGCAGGAAUCCGUCUGUAAUCCAACGCAGACUGAUUGUAUAGCUAUCAGGAGGCCCAUUGUGUUGUUGUGCUGGGUCGUUUUCACACAGUGAGACAUGGGUAAGAAAGAUGUGGACUGUGUUCCAGCUAUGUGAGCCAAAUUAUUCACCUCCACAUCUUGUGACUCCACAGAAUGUGACAUGUUUCCAGCUCUUGUCAGGGCCCAAAGUGUCACAAAAUCUAAGUCUUCCUCUUGUGGUUGAACAGAUCAGCACAAAACGGACCAACCUUCCAAGGAGUUUUUUAUGUCCUGUGUUUUUAAAGAAACCUGCAGAUUUGCUACUCUUAACCACCAGGAAAUGCAGUCAAAGAAACUUAGUAAUCUCUUGUUCUUAUGGGAAAGAAGCAUCAUCAUGCAAAAAUUGCCUAUCUCCUGCUCUUGCACAGCCACAUUGCCAUUAUGGAAAAUGAUCAAUCUCCUUGUCUCAUGUGAUAAUAGUGUCUGCAGAAAAUUACCAAUUUCCUGGUCCUGUGUGUUCAAAGUGUCAGCGCAGAAAGUGACAAUCCAUAUCCUGCUUGUGUGGCCCUAAAGUGUCUUCUGGUCACAGAACGUGACCCAUUCCUUGCUCCUAUAGGCCCAAAGUGUCAUCUGGGAACAGAAAUUGAUCCAUCUGCUCCUGUGGGCUCAAAGUGUCAUCACAGAACGUGGUCCCAUAUCCUGUUCUCCUGAAUUUAAACUGUGAUCUGAUCAUCAGAAAAAGAUCCAUCUGCUACAUGUACUUGCAAAGUGUCAUUUGGUCACAGAAUCCGACCCAUAUUGCUUUGCUCCUGUAGUCCCAAAGUGUGAUCUGUUCACAGAAAGUAAUCCAGUCUCCUGCAUUUGUGGACUCGAAGUGUGAUCUUAGAAUAUGACCCAUCACCUGCUCUUGCACACACAGUGUCAUCAUGCUCCUGUGGGUUCAGAGUGUCACCUCAAGAAAUUAUCUCUUAGCCUGUGUGCCGAAUUUGUCAGAGCUGACAGUGUGUGCCGAACAGCUACAUAUAGAGGUCACAUGGCAAGUCAAGGUUUCAUUACAGCAUUGUGCUCAUAUUCUACUGUUGAGGACAUCAAAGAAAAGAUCUCUGUUUUGCCCCUUUGACCUGUAGGUACUAAUGUAGUGUCUCGCCAACCGUCUUUGUCAGGCUGCCAGCUUGACAUGCUCUGAGAGGCAUGAUCUCUUUCUCCAGCGACAAACAAUGUCCUUAUUUCCUAUAAAAUUGUGAAAUUUUGCAACCAGUCAAUUUCUCUUUGAACAUGCCAAAACCUGUUACAUGUAUGUGGUUGGUUUAUAUAUAUAUUUUCUGUAACUAAUAAGUAUUCAUGUCACUGAGGCAAAGCAUUUUUUUCUGAAGAAAAAUUUUGAAGCUAUGGAUCCCAUGGAUUCAAGUAAAAUAUACUAUCACAACAUCACUUGUACACUGUUCAUGUUUACUUUAAGUAAUAGGUAUUCAUAUCCUAUCACUGUACAUAGAUUGUAUGCACUCCAUAUGUGAAACUUACGAAUAAAUAUACUUUUUAAAUUUUUGAUAGAAA